UAAAAACGAAGAUCUCGAUUACGUAACCAAAUUACAUGGUAGCUUGUUUCCCAAUCAAAAAGACCUCAUUGUAGACUUUCAGGGCAGAGCCCAAAAAAAAAAAAUGGCUUCGGAGAAUUGUUCAUCCGAUCCGAAAAGUCCCCUGUUAGGAUCAUCAUCAUCGUCAGGCAUUUCAUCGAACAGUUGGUGUGCAAAGUUGAUCGACGUAGAAGAGGCUAAGAAUCAGAUGUUAUUUUCAUUGCCAAUGAUUGUAGUGAACAGUUGUUUCUCCUUCAUCAACCUUGUUUCCGUCAUGUUCGCCGGACACCUCGGGAAACUCGAGCUGGUUGCAUCAAAUCUUGCUAAUUCAUGGGCUAUGGUUACUGGUUUCAGCUUCAUGGUUGGUCUAAGUGGUGCACUUGAGACAUUAUGCGGACAAGGGUAUGGAGCAAAAAUGUACAGAAUGUUGGGGAUACAUUUGCAGGCAUCAUGCAUCAUAUCGUUCUUCUUUUCUGUGGUGAUUUCUGCCAUCUGGUGGUAUUCUGAUAUGAUUCUGAUUUUACUUCAUCAAGAUCCUGACAUAGCUAGAGAAGCCGGUGUAUUUUUGAGGUUCCUCAUUCCUGGAUUGUUUGCAUAUAGUUUUCUGCAAAACAUUUUGAGAUCUCUUCAGGCACAGUCGAUCAUCAUGCCUCUGGCUUUCUGUUCAGUUGGAUCUUUAGUCAUCCACAUUGGGAUUUCCUAUGCCUUGGUUCAUUGGACAGGUCUUGCUUUUAAAGGAGCAUCAUUAGCGGCUUCUAUUUCGAUCUGGAUCUCACUUCUCACGUUGGGCCUAUACGUGCUCCUUUCGAAGAGAUUCAACCAUAUCUGGAGAGAUGGUCUCUCGUUCGAGCCAUUUCAUCAUAUCCUUACAAACUUGAAGUUGGCUUUGCCCUCUGCUGCCAUGGUAUGCUUGGAGUACUGGGCUUUUGAGCUUCUUGUGUUAUUGGCUGGUUUGAUGCCAAACUCAGGAACAACUACUUCUGUUGUAGCUAUGUGUGUAAAUACACAAAACAUAGCUUACAUGAUAUCUUAUGGUCUGAGUGCAGCUGCAAGCACUAGGGUGGCAAACGAGUUAGGAGCUGGAAAUCCUGAUAAAGCUAAGCAUGCUAUGUUUGUUACUCUCAAGCUAUCUGUUCUUCUUGCCAUUGCAGUUGAUUUGGCUCUAUUUUUAGGUCAUAAUGUCUGGGCUAGCCUCUUCAGUGAUAGUGCGGAGACAAAUGUACCAGCAAAUUAUAUCAACAAGACAACUUAA